AGAUACCGUCAGUCAGCAGAGAGACGACUCUGUACUCUGUCGGCUCUGAUCUGUUGGUAAAGGUAUUUUAUUAACAAAACAAAGGCUUGUUUGUUGUUGUUGUACUCUUCAACUACAGUUUUUCCACCACAGUCGCUCUCUGGUUCUUCUACAGGUGAAGCAGGAAGUGGAUCUGAAUUCACCUGGUGGAGGCUCUGCUAUGAAUCACAUGAAUCACUGUGAGGACGGAGAGGAGGGAGACCCUCCCUCUAAAAGCACUCUGUGUGGGGAACAUGAAGAUCAGAGAUUCCAACAUGAGAGACCAGACUCUCCUGGACCUGGACCCAGCUGUGUGUCCUUAAAAAGUGAUGUGUCUCUGGAUCGAUUCAUUGAGUUCAAAUCUGUCAAGAUGAGUGCUGAUGAAAGAGUUCAGAGAUCAGAGGAUCCCAUUGAUCAGUCUGCCCAACAGCAUCAAACACAGCUGGACUCCAUAUUGAUGCUGCUCCAGGAGAACAUCAUCAGUUUUGUAAAGACAGAGCUGAAGGAGAUCCAGAGAGCUCUGAGUCCAGAUUACCCAGAAUGCUUAGAGGGUCAGAGGGAGGAUGAGGAUGAAGAGCAGAGGAGUAGCAGAGAGGCCUUUCUGGAGAUCACUCUGCACUUCCUGAGGAGAAUGAAGCAGGAGGAGCUGGCUGACUGUCUGCAGAGCAGAACUGUUCCUGUUCCAGAGUGCAGACGUAAACUGAAGUCUCACCUGAAGGAGAAGUUCCAGUGUGUGUUUGAGGGGAUUGCUAAAGCAGGAAACCCAACCCUUCUGAACCAGAUCUACACAGAGCUCUACAUCACAGAGGGAGAGACUGGAGAGGUCAAUAAUGAACAUGAGGUCAUACAGAUUGAAGCAGCCUCCAGGACACCACACAGACCAGAGACAACCAUCAGACAAGAAGACAUCUUUAAAGGCUUACCUGGAAGAGAUGGACCAAUCAGAGCAGUGCUGACAAAGGGAGUGGCUGGCAUCGGGAAAACAGUCUUAACACAGAAGUUCACUCUGGACUGGGCUGAAGACAAGGACCACCAGGACAUCCAGUUCACAUUUCCCUUCACCUUCAGAGAGCUGAAUGUGCUGAGAGGGAGAGAGUUCAGCUUGGUGGAACUUGUUCAUCACUUCUUUACUCAAACCAGAGAAGCAGGACUCUGCAGGUUUGAAGUGUUCCAGGUUGUGUUCAUCUUUGACGGUCUGGAUGAGUGUCGACUUCCUCUGGACUUCCACAACAAUCAGAUCCUGACUGAUGUUACAGAGUCCACCUCAGUGGAUGUGCUGCUGACAAACCUCAUCAGGGGGAACCUGCUCCCCUCUGCUCGCCUCUGGAUCACCACACGACCUGCAGCAGCCAAUCAGAUCCCUCCUGAGUGUGUUGACAUGGUGACAGAGGUCAGAGGGUUCACCGACCCUCAGAAGGAGGAGUACUUCAGUAAGAGAUUCAGAGACCAGGAGCAGACCAGCAGUGUCAUCUCCCACAUCAAGACAUCCCGAAGCCUCCACAUCAUGUGCCACAUCCCAGUCUUCUGCUGGAUCACUGCUACAGUUCUGGAGGAUGUGCUGAAGACCAGAGAGGGAGGAGAGCUGCCAAAGACCCUGACUCAGAUGUAUAUCUAUUUCCUGGUGGUCCAGUCCAAACUGAAGAGAAUCAAGUUCGAUGGAGGAGCUGAGACUGAUCCACUCUGGAGUCCAGAGAGCAGGGAGAUGAUCAAGUCUCUGGGAAAACUGGCUUUUGAUCAGAUGCAGAAAGGAAAUCUGAUCUUCUACGAGUCCGACCUGACAGAGUGUGGCAUCAAGAUCAAGGAAGCCUCAGUGUACUCAGGAGUGUUCACACAGAUCUUCAGAGAGGAGAGAGGACUGUACCAGGACAAGGUGUUCUGCUUCAUCCACCUGAGCGUUCAGGAGUUUCUGGCUGCUCUUCAUGUCCAUCUGACAUUCACCAACUCUGGACUCAACCUGAUGGAAGAGGAACAACCAACAUCCCUGAUCUCUAGAAUCUUUAGGGACAAACCUACACUGAAACGUCUCCAUCAGAGUGCUGUGGACCAGGCCUUACAGAGUCCAAACGGACACCUGGACUUGUUCCUGCGCUUCCUCCUGGGUCUAUCACUAGAGACCAAUCAGACUCUCCUGAAGGGUCUGCUGACACAGACAGAGACUAGCUCACAGACCAAUCAGAAAACAGUCCAGUACAUCAAGAAGAAGAUCAGUGAGGAUCUGUCUGCAGAAAGAAGCAUCAACCUGCUCCACUGCUUGAAUGAACUGAAUGAUCGUUCUCUAGUGGAGCAGAUCCAACAGCCCCUGAGAUCAGGACGCCUCUCCACAAAGAAACUGUCUCCUGCUCAGUGGUCAGCUCUGGUCUUCAUCUUACUGUCAUCAGAGAAAGAUCUGGACGUGUUUGACCUCAAGAAAUACUCUGCUUCAGAGGAGGCUCUUCUGAGGCUGCUGCCAGUGAUCAAAGCCUCCAACAAAGCUGUGCUGAGUGGAUGUAACUUGUCAGAGAGAAGCUGUGAAGCUCUGUCCUCAGUCCUCAGCUCCCCAUCCUCCAGUCUGAGAGAGCUGGACCUUAGUAAUAACGACUUGCAGGAUUCAGGAGUGAAGUGGCUGUCUGCUGGACUGAAGAGUCCUCACUGUAAACUGGAAACUCUCAGUCUGUCAGCAUGUCUGAUCGCAGAGGAAGGCUGUGCUUCUCUGGCCUCAGCCCUGAGCUCCAACUCCUCCCACCUGAGAGAGCUGGACCUGAGCUACAACCAUCCCGGAGAGUCAGCAAUGAAAGUACUGUCUGCUGAACUGGAUGAUCCGCUCUGCAGACUGAAAACACUGAGGGUGGACCAUGGUGGAGAGCAGAGGUUAAAACCUGGAGUGAAGAAGUAUGUCUGUGAACUCACUCUGGACUCAAACACAGCGCACGGAUACCUCAGACUGUCUGAAGACAACAGGGAGGUGACACGCGUGAGAGGGGAUCAGUUACAUCCUGAUCAUCCAGACAGAUUUGACAUCUGGUCUCAGCUGCUGUGUAGAGAUGGUCUGACUGGUCGCUGUUACUGGGAGGUUGAGAGGAGAGGAGGGGUUUUUAUAUCAGUGAGUUACAGAGGAAUCAGAAGGAAAGGAGACAGUCGUGACUGUGUGUUUGGAUCUAAUGAUCAGUCCUGGAGUCUGAUCUGCUCUGAUGAAGGUUACUCUGUCCGUCACAAUAACAGAGGAACAGACCUCCGUCACUCCUCAUCCUCUGACUCUCACAGAGUAGCAGUGUAUGUGGACUGUCCGGCUGGCACUCUAUCCUUCUACAGAGUCUCCUUUGACUCACUGAUCCACCUCCACACCUUCAGGACCUCCUUCACUGAACCUCUGUAUCCUGGAUUUAGGUUGUGGUCUCCUGGUUCCUCGGUGCAUGUUUGUUCAGUGUAGCAGGGAGUCUUCUCCUCUCUUAAGGCCGGUGACACCAAGUCACUGACAUUGCUUACUAGAGGAAGUAAACAUUUACCGGCAUGCAGAAAGCGAAACAGCAAGCCAAAACACAGCUGAUUUGUGGUGCCCCAUCCGCCUUCAUUCUCCCUCACCCAAUCACAAGCCUGCUAUCCUGGUCAACACAUUCACUGACAUUAUGGAAAACUGAACAUCAACUAAUUAACCAACAUCAUAACUAAUUAAUAACUAACCCGAGCAAACACCAAACAACCAAUCUGUUAUAGUACAGAGCUGAACAGUUCCCAAAUGACUUCUCUGUGUCAGCUGACAUGCUUUUAGCAAAUUCUGCCAACAUACUGUUAACUGGAAACGUAAAAACAAGUGUGAUGGCCACUUGUCGUCCAAAAGCCAUGUGAAAAACAGAGUGUUGCAUCAAUAAAUUUAAGGAUUUCAUUAA